AUGGUAUAAUUUUUUAUCAUUGCAGCAAAUAUUGUAGAUAAACUGAAUAGAUUUAUAGAAGCAAUAAAAUAAUAUGAUUCAGCUAUUCAGAAAAAUCCCGAAAAUUCAGAUUUAUAUUAUGGCAAAGGUAUAAAUUAAUGAUGUAUAUUUUCUUAGCUAUUACUUUAGAAAAGAUGAAUAGAUAUGAAGAAGCAUUGGAGAAUUAUGAUUUAGCAAUUCAAAAAAACCCAUAAGAUGCAAAAUAUUAUAGUGGAAAAGGUAAUGAUGUAUAUUUUCUUAGCUAUUACCUUAGAAAAGAUGAAUAGAUAUGAAGAAGCAUUGGAGUAUUAAGAUUAAGCUAUUCAGAAAAACCCAGAAAAUGCAGAUUAUUUUUAAGGCACAGGUAUAAAAUAAUGAUGUUUAUUUUCUUAGCGAUUGUCUUAUUCAAGUUAAAUAGAUUUAAAGAAGCAUUGGAGUAUUAUGAUUUAGCCAUUCAGAAAAACCCAGAAAAUGCAGAUUUUUAUUAUGGCAAAGGUAUAAAUUAAGGUUAUUUAUUUUCUAAGCUAUUACUUUAGAAAAGAUGAAUAGAUUUUAAGAAGCAUUGGAGAAUUAUGAUUUAGCUAUUCAAAAAAACCCAUAAGAUGCAAAAUAUUAUAGUGGAAAAGGUAAUGAUGUAUAAUUUCUUAGCUAUUACCUUAGAAAAGAUGAAUAGAUUUUAAGAAGCAUUGAGAUAUUAAGAUUUAGCUAUUCAGAAAGACCCGGAAAAUGCAGAUUAAUUUAAAUGUAAAGGUAUAAAUUAAUGAUAUAUCAAUUUAAUAGCUAUUGCCUUAGAAAAGAAUAAUAGAUAUGAAGAAGCAUUAGAGUAUUAUGAUUUAGCUAUUGAGAAAAAUCCCGAAAAUUCAGAUUUAUAUUAUGGCAAAGGUAUAAAUUAAUGAUGUAUAUUUUCUUAGCUAUUACUUUAGAAAAGAUGAAUAGAUAUGAAGAAGCAUUGGAGAAUUAUGAUAUAGCUAUUCAAAAAAACCCAUAAGAUGCAAAAUAUUAUAGUGGAAAAGGUAAUGAUGUAUAUUUUCUUAGCUAUUACCUUAGAAAAGAUGAAUAGAUAUGAAGAAGCAUUGGAGUAUUAAGAUUAAGCUAUUCAGAAAAACCCAGAAAAUGCAGAUUAUUUUUAAGGCACAGGUAUAAAAUAAUGAUGUUUAUUUUCUUAGCGAUUGUCUUAUUCAAGUUAAAUAGAUUUAAAGAAGCAUUGGAGUAUUAUGAUUUAGCCAUUCAGAAAAACCCAGAAAAUGCAGAUUUUUAUUAUGGCAAAGGUAUAAAUUAAGGUUAUUUAUUUUCUAAGCUAUUACUUUAGAAAAGAUGAAUAGAUUUUAAGAAGCAUUGGAGAAUUAUGAUUUAGCUAAUCAAAAAAACCCAGAAAAUUCAGAUCAUUAUAAUGGCAAAGGUAUAAAAUAAUGAUUAAUAUUUUUAAGCAAUUGCCUUAUUCAUGAUGAAUAGAUUUUAAGAAGCAUUGGAGUAUUAUGAUAUAGCUAUUAAGAAAAACUCAGAAAAUGCAGAUUAUUAUAUUGGCAAAGGUAUAAAUUAAUGAUGUAUAUUUUCUUAGCUAUUGCCUUAGAAAAGAUGAAUAGAUUUUAAGAAGCAUUGGAGAAUUAUGAUAUAGCUAUUCAAAAAAACCCAUAAGAUGCAAAAUAUUAUAGUGGAAAAGGUAAUGAUGUAUAAUUUCUUAGCUAUUACCUUAGAAAAGAUGAAUAGAUUUUAAGAAGCAUUGAGAUAUUAAGAUUUAGCUAUUCAGAAAGACCCGGAAAAUGCAGAUUAAUUUAAAUGUAAAGGUAUAAAUUAAUGAUAUAUCAAUUUAAUAGCUAUUGCCUUAGAAAAGAAUAAUAGAUAUGAAGAAGCAUUAGAGUAUUAUGAUUUAGCUAUUGAGAAAAAUCCCGAAAAUUCAGAUUUAUAUUAUGGCAAAGGUAUAAAUUAAUGAUGUAUAUUUUCUUAGCUAUUACUUUAGAAAAGAUGAAUAGAUAUGAAGAAGCAUUGGAGAAUUAUGAUAUAGCUAUUCAAAAAAACCCAUAAGAUGCAAAAUAUUAUAGUGGAAAAGGUAAUGAUGUAUAUUUUCUUAGCUAUUACCUUAGAAAAGAUGAAUAGAUAUGAAGAAGCAUUGGAGUAUUAAGAUUAAGCUAUUCAGAAAAACCCAGAAAAUGCAGAUUAUUUUUAAGGCACAGGUAUAAAAUAAUGAUGUUUAUUUUCUUAGCGAUUGUCUUAUUCAAGUUAAAUAGAUUUAAAGAAGCAUUGGAGUAUUAUGAUUUAGCCAUUCAGAAAAACCCAGAAAAUGCAGAUUUUUAUUAUGGCAAAGGUAUAAAUUAAGGUUAUUUAUUUUCUAAGCUAUUACUUUAGAAAAGAUGAAUAGAUUUUAAGAAGCAUUGGAGAAUUAUGAUUUAGCUAAUCAAAAAAACCCAGAAAAUUCAGAUCAUUAUAAUGGCAAAGGUAUAAAAUAAUGAUUAAUAUUUUUAAGCAAUUGCCUUAUUCAUGAUGAAUAGAUUUUAAGAAGCAUUGGAGUAUUAUGAUAUAGCUAUUAAGAAAAACUCAGAAAAUGCAGAUUAUUAUAUUGGCAAAGGUAUAAAUUAAUGAUGUAUAUUUUCUUAGCUAUUGCCUUAGAAAAGAUGAAUAGAUUUUAAGAAGCAUUGGAGAAUUAUGAUAUAGCUAUUCAAAAAAACCCAUAAGAUGCAAAAUAUUAUAGUGGAAAAGGUAAUGAUGUAUAAUUUCUUAGCUAUUACCUUAGAAAAGAUGAAUAGAUUUUAAGAAGCAUUGAGAUAUUAAGAUUUAGCUAUUCAGAAAGACCCGGAAAAUGCAGAUUAAUUUAAAUGUAAAGGUAUAAAUUAAUGAUAUAUCAAUUUAAUAGCUAUUGCCUUAGAAAAGAAUAAUAGAUAUGAAGAAGCAUUAGAGUAUUAUGAUUUAGCUAUUGAGAAAAACCCAGAAAAUUCAGAUUUAUAUUAUGGCAAAGGUAUAAAUUAAUGAUGUAUAUUUUCUUAGCUAUUACUUUAGAAAAGAUAAAUAGAUAUGAAGAAGCAUUGGAGAAUUAUGAUAUAGCUAUUCAAAAAAACCCAUAAGAUGCAAAAUAUUAUAGUGGAAAAGGUAAUGAUGUAUAUUUUCUUAGCUAUUACCUUAGAAAAGAUGAAUAGAUAUGAAGAAGCAUUGGAGUAUUAAGAUUAAGCUAUUCAGAAAAACCCAGAAAAUGCAGAUUAUUUUUAAGGCACAGGUAUAAAAUAAUGAUGUUUAUUUUCUUAGCGAUUGUCUUAUUCAAGUUAAAUAGAUUUAAAGAAGCAUUGGAGUAUUAUGAUUUAGCUAUUCAGAAAAACCCAGAAGAAGCCGAUUUUUAUUAUGGCAAAGGUAUAAAUUAAUAAUGUAUAAAUUUUUAGCGAUUGCCUUAUUCAAGUUAAAUAGAUUUGAAGAAGCAUUGGAGUAUUAUGAUUUAGCCAUUCAGAAAAACCCAGAAGAAGCAGAUUUUUAUUAUGUCAAAGGUUUAAAUUAAUGAUGGAUAUUUUCUUAGCUGCUUUCUUAAAGAACAUUCACAGAUUUGAAGAAGCAUUGAAAUAUUAUGAUUUAGCUAUUGAGAAAAACUCAGAAAAAUCAGAUUAUUAUUAUGGCAAAGGUACAAAAAAAGUUUUUUAAUUUUAGCUGAUAAUCUAGAACUGAUGUAUAGAAUUAAAGAAUCACUGUUUUACUAUGAUUAAACUAUUCAGAAAAAUCCUGAAAAUGCAAAUUUUUAUUAUUGCAAAGGUAUAAAUUAAUAAUGUAUAAUUUUUAGCGAUUGCCUUAUUCAAGUUAAAUAGAUUUAAAGAAGCAUUGGAGUAUUAUGAUUUAGCUAUUCAGAAAAACCCAGAAAAAAGCAGAUUAUUAUAAAUGUAAAGGUAUAAAUUAAUAAUGUAUAAUUUUUAGCGAUUGCCUUAUUCAAGUUAAAUAGAUUCGAAGAAGCAUUGGAGUGUUAUGAUUUAGCCAUUCUGAAAAACCCAGAAGAUGCAGAUCAAUAUAAUGAAAAAGGUACAAAUUAAUGAUGUAUAUUUUCUUAGCGAUUGCCUUAGAAAAGAUGAAUAGAUUUGAAGAAUCAUUGAUGUAUUAUGAUUCAGCUAUUCAAAAAAACCCAGAAAAUGCAGAUUAUUAUAAUUGCAAAGGUAUAAAUUAAUGAUGUAUUUAUUUUUAGCUAUUGCCUUAGAAAAGAGGAAUAGAUUUGAGGAAGCAUAGCAAUAUUAUGAUUAAGCUAUUCAGAAAAACCCAGAAAUAGCAGAAUUUUUUUAUAAAAACAAAGGUUUAAAUUCAUAAUGUACAUUUUCUUAGCGAUUGUCUUAUUCAAGUUAAAUAGAUUUGAAGAAGCAUUGGAGUGUUAUGAUUUAGCCAUUCAGAAAAACCCAGAAAAUUCAGAUUUAUAUUAUGGCAAAGGUAUAAAUUAAUGUUAUAUAUUUUCUAAGCUAUUACUUUAGAAAAGAUGAAUAGAUUUGAAGAAGCAUUGGGAUAUUAUGAUUCAGCAAUUCAGAAAAACCCAGAAAAUGCAGAUUAUUAUAAAUGUAAAGGUAUAAAUUAAUGAUGUAUAUUUUCUUAGCGAUUGCCUUAGAAUAGAUAAAUAGAUUUGAUGAAGCAUUAGAAUAUUAAGAUUUAGCAAUGCAGAAAAACCCAUUAAAAAAAAAGCAGAUUAUUAUAACAAAGGUAAAUUUAACAAUAUUCCUCUUCUAGUUACAUCUGAAACAGCAUUUUUUAAAUUAAUUAUAAGUUUCCAAUUAUGAAUCAAAUUAUUGA